UGUGUGUUUAAUGGUCUUAAUGUUUUCUGUGAGGUCCUGGGGUAAUCGGGUGGGAGCGGUGCGCCGGGGAAGGCGGGACGCAUAGGAGCAGGUGCCCGCCAUGGCCGGCCCGCAGCUUUCCGCCGCGGCCUCCAGCCCGCCGCCCCCGCGGAACGGCCUUCCGCAGCCCCUGUGAGGAGGAAGAGGAGGCGGUGGCGGACGAGGCGCCGCCCUCUUGGCGAGCUUCCCGACCCAGCGGCCUCCGCAGGACCCAUGGCUGAUUCCUCGCCCGCGCGGUCCCUGCGGGCAGGGGGACCCCGCGCGCCCCGGCCCUCGGCCCCCUCGCCGCCGCCGCCGUCGCGCUCGCUCUCCGAGGCCGAGGAGGCCGAGCUGUCGCUGAGCCUGGCGCGGACCAAGACCCGCUCGUACGGCAGCACGGCCAGCGUGCGGGCGCCGCUGGGCGCCGGCGUCAUCGAGCGCCAUGUGGAGCAUCGGGUCCGCCCCGGCGACACGCUGCAGGGCAUCGCGCUGAAGUACGGAGUCUCGAUGGAGCAGAUUAAAAGGGCAAAUAAACUGUUUACCAAUGAUUGUAUAUUUCUGAAGAAAACUUUGAACAUCCCAGUUAUAUCAGAGAAGCCUUUGCUGUUUAAUGGACUUAACUCGAUAGAUUCUCCAGAAAAUGAAACUGUUGAUAGUUUUUCUCAUGAAGAAGACCUGGUAGCGGCUGGGGAAGACCUUUCCCCUCCCAGUCCUCAAGAAUCUGAUGCUCAGCCCAUGCAGCCCAAGGAAGUGUCAGCCAGAGAUUUCCUGCAGAGGCUGGACUUGCAGAUUAAGUUAUCAACACAGGCAGCCAAGAAACUAAAGGAAGAGAGCAGAGAUGAAGAAAGUCCCUUUGCAGCUUCCCUCUAUCACAGUUAGAUGAUCAGGGGGCAUAAUCUAACCUGGGUUAAGAGAUGGUUAGAUCAUAAAGAAACCAACAACUGAUGAUGAUUCCAAAGCAUCCCUUUUGGAUUCUCAUGGCAUACAUCUUUAAAUCACGAUUAAGUAGUUCCACCUACGGCAAUUGCACUGACGUUACUAGCUCCCUCUGGCUUUCUAUGAUUUUCAGUCUUUAUUAUGGCAUGAUAGCAAAAUUGUAUCUUAAAGCUCAUCACUUUUGCAAGCGGUGGUAGUUUUUAGACUAGCUUUUGUAAAUACUAGUUGACAUAAAGCCACAAAGACUGUUUACAUAUUCAAGGUAAAAAUGUUUAUUUCCUGAGAAAUCCUAAUUAUGUGAAAAACAUGGUUGCUGUUUAAGUGAUGCUGAUUUUGCUAUGUGUUUAUAACUUAAGUGCUCUAUAUAUAUAUAUUUCGAUAUGUAUUACAUAUUCUGUAUUACUAUAAAGAAACAAAUUUUGUCUGCUAUUUUGUAAAAAUAAACUCCAAAAGUCUGAAUGAGAAAAUAAACUAUGUUUUCAUAU